CUUUGGGAUUUCUUUUCUGAGCAAGCAUGGCAGGAUGAACAAAUUCCUGCAGGGAAGACAUCGCGAUUUCUUGGCGUUUGCUAUUCCAGCCAGCAUGGGAAAUUCAUUGCAGCUGCUCGGGGGAGACAUCUCGGCAUGUUUGAAACAGAGCUCGAGGCUGCAAAGGCAUUUGAUGCUGCAUCUCUGGCCGAAGGACGUCGAACAAAUUUUCCGCCGCCAGCUUCGUCCCAGCCAACGCAAGAGAUGUCAGCACGGUCCAAGGCAGUGCCGAAGAAAGUAAAGCAGACGGUUGGAGACAGGCUGGACGCUGUGCCAGCUGCAGAACGAAGGCCUCGCUCAGCAGAAUGCCCGGAUGCCAGCAAUAGUGAAAGCAUACUUCAAGCUGCACGGAGCUACAGAUGGCAGGAUGUUCUGGCGGGACUUGUCCAAAGGCACCCUUGCUCCUCUGUCCGCUUCGCUUCCAAAGAGCUCGUCCGCAUUUUACCCUGGCCAGGCCAUCGGGCAGUUCCCUCACUGCACAGGCCAGUUCCAGCGGAGCAGUUGCCCCAAAUGCUAUCUUGCGCAAGCCAACGCGUGAGCUGCUUUUCAUCGCAAGCGCACCUGGCUGGGAAACUCGUUCAACAGCUGGAUGCCUGUUUACAUGCUUUCUCCCCUAACGCCGCGCCGCGAGACACCUGGUUGCUUAGUGCAUUUGCGGGCAAUGAGGCGCAAGUGCGGAUGCUGCUGGAUAUUAUCUUGGUUCGUGUCUGCCAGAAGCAGGAGCUCCGCAUCAAGCCAGAGCACGCUUUACCCUGGACAUCGCCAUUUGCUGGAAAAGCCGACUAUGUACUCUUCCGCAAUGAGCGUCCAGUCGCUGUUGUCGAAGCAAAGCGCCGUAUGAAUCCGAACUUUCAGGAAGAUGCCAGAAACACUCGGUUUGUGGCGGCCAUGGCCCAGUGCUCUGCAAUACUGGCCGGCUUCGACAUGAUGAAGCCAGCCACCCCUUUUUAUGGGAUUGUAACAGAUGCGCACGGAUGGCUACUGGUGCAGUGGGCUCCAGACAAGAAGCCUGCACUGCAGCUGUGGCCACAGGGGCAGGCCAUACUUGAGCUCACAGGCCCCGGAACGCUGGUCCACCUGCUGAAGAGCUUGCAACAUUUGUUCAAACGUCAGCGCUUCGAUGCUCCUUGUCCCCAAAGGUUCCGGAAUCCGUAA